AUGCGAGGAGACGGAGCUCCGGUCCGUAAGCUAAGCUUUCUGUUCUGUUACUGCCACCGCCGCAUGCUGUCCAUCCACAUUGUGGCUCUGGGCAGCGAGUGCCCCGGAGGAGUGGGGCCCGGGGAGGAGAUAAUGGGCCAGGGGCAGCUCCAGGGAGGGCUCCUGUGGAGCUACUUGGGUCACGGGGCUCUGGUGGGACCCUGCGGCAUGGAGGACAGCCUUCAAAACCCAGCCUUCAUGGAGUACACCUCACGUGUCUUUGGAGAUGUGACUGUAGUGGUUCGGGAUUGUCCCAGCUGGGACCUGUUGGACAGCGACUGGGCCAGUGUGCGGAAGGUUCUUGAGCAGGCAGACAUCCUGGUCAUUAAGUAUUCAGUCACAGACAAGCUGGCCUUCCAGCAGGUCCGGAACGGAUACGCUCCGAGGCUCCGCCCCCUCUUGAGGCACUGGGGUGUGCCUGUGAUCCUUGUUGCUGUUGGAGCCCGGCUGAAUGAUGAAGGCCCUCCUUGUACGUGUCCGCUGUGUGCGUCUGAUUGGAGCAGCUGCGUGCCUCACAGCGAAGGCCUGCAGCUCUCCCGGGACCUGGGGGCCACUUAUCUGGAGCUGCCCUCUCUCAACCACGUCUUUGUUGGUCGUUACUUUGGCAGUGUGCUAGAGUACUUCAUGAUCCAGUGUCUGAAACACAAAGCCAAAGAGAGGCCAGAAAAGAGGCGAGGAAAUAAAGUGAAUGACCUCCGCCCCCCUCACUUGGAACAACCAGCUCGUCUUCCCCCUAUCCGGGUGGAGGAGUCCAGCUUCGCCCAGGACAUGCAGUGGUUGUUGGAGCGUGGCGUGCAGUUCGCAGACGUGGCUUUCUAUGCUGGGGAUUCUGGGAAAGAACUGGGGUGGGCACACGCUGCUGUGCUCUGCGCUGUCAGCCCAUACUUCAGACAGCUGCUACUGGGACCCAAGACCAGGGAACGCCCACAGUCGCGAUGCAUUUGCAGAGAGCGGGACGCAGGCCCCCAUUCGCUCCUCUCCACCUGGGAUGGGGGCAUUAUUGAUGACAUGCCACGAUCGGAAGGGCACGUGACGGGACGCCUGACCCGGCUGGUGGUGAAGGACCCCCUCUUGUGUAUGUGCUUGUGGGAGACGCUCAUGUUCAUUUACAGAGGAGCGUGGGAGUGGGAGCACCUCCAGGAGGCCCUGGAAGAGAAGCUCAAGAAUUCGAUAGCUGUGGCUCAGCUUAUGGAGCGCAUACGGUCGCUCAUCGGCAGAGAAAGGGAAACAAAGCAGCACUUCAAGGUCACAGCAAGUGUGCUGCAAGCCAUGGCCGUGCUGGUCUGUGCGGAGAUGUACCAGGUGAAGCGGCUGCAGCAUCUGUGUGAGGUGUGUGUGUGCGCCUACCUUCAGAGCAUGCCCAGCAGAGAGCUGGCCUCGACGGGGAUCAGCGUGGUUCGACUUCUCCGCAGAGCAAAGUGUCACAACGCAGAGCAGCUGUAUGUUUGGCUCCUACACUUCAUCGCCAACAACUACCUGAUCUUCAGUCAUAAACCGGACUUCCUGGAGCUCUCAGAGGAGGAGCGUGAACAGGUGGAGAGGCUACGCUGGCCGUCCAGGGGAUAUCUGCAGGAGCUCAGCGAGUACCAGCAGCGCCGCCGCAAACUUCGCAAGUCCCGCUGCAUAAUCAUGUGA